ACCCUAACCCUAAUAAGAAAGCACAGUAUUCAACACACCAUCCAUAAUUUUUGCGAAAAAAGACAGCGGAGGCGGCGGCUCUACACUUCCCUUCUCUCCUGCAUCCUGAAGCCGAAAGGCAGUUUAAUAACAAUGGCGUAUGCUGCAAUGAAGCCUACCAAGCCGGGUUUAGAGGAGCCCCAAGAGCAGAUUCACAAGAUCAGGAUCACUCUCUCCUCCAAGAAUGUCAAAAACCUCGAGAAAGUUUGUGCCGAUCUGGUCCGUGGUGCGAAGGAUAAGAGACUGAGGGUUAAGGGGCCAGUAAGAAUGCCCACCAAGGUUCUUCACAUCACCACCAGGAAGUCUCCCUGUGGCGAAGGAACAAACACAUGGGAUCGAUUUGAGCUUCGUGUCCACAAGCGAGUCAUUGACCUAUUCAGCUCACCUGAUGUGGUGAAGCAGAUUACAUCCAUCACCAUUGAACCCGGUGUCGAGGUAGAGGUCACCAUCGCAGAUUCUUAAUCGUGCCUCCCCUUUGCUUUUUCUUGGCCUUUACAUAGUCUUAGUUUGUAAGAAAGAGACAUCAUUGCUUGGAUUGAUCCCUAAGCAAAUGAGUGUUGUGGGGGUUUCUGUAGUUUGUGUUUCCCAUGCAAAAUUUGAAGAUUCUAGUUUGUCGGGUGGCUUCAUAAUUUGUUUCCUUUUUGUUACCUAAAGAUUGUGUUUGGAUAUAAUAAUUUUAAGGCAUAUUUUGACAUUAAAGAUUAUACUCA